AUGAACACACUCAGAACAAGCCUGGCUCGGUCACUGAAUAGGUCGUACCCUGCCUCCCCCCUGGCGCCGUCGUCGAUCUGCAUCGUCUCGAGUUCGAACGCGCUGUUCAGCUUGUCCUGCUCGUCGCCGUGGCACACGCCAAGUCGACCCACUUCUCCCACCCGAUCGGCCACAGGAACGACCUCAUUGCGCUGGAUCCGAUCUGCCUCGUCCGCGUCGAGUGUGGCCUCGAGCCUGAGUGGGACCGCAGCCGUGCCGGGUGCGCCUCCGAUCGUAGUGGCGCCGACCGCGGCAUCGACCGCCGACAAGACCCAGCCUACGACCAAGCGGCGCGCCGUUCCCAAGGCACGAAAGGCUGCUAUCACCCUGGUGCGGUCCCCCAAGCUGCUUUCGAUUCGUCUAGUAGUCUAGUAUCCCUCCGCUCACUGACCCCGGGUUGCACCCCACCAUCGCCGAUCUGACCCGAUUCGUUCCCCCGUCCUCGCUUCCCCCACAAGCAGACCCCCGCAGCCGUCACCCGAAUCCGGUCCCUCCUCUCUUCUCCAACACCCACACUCAUCCGCAUCGGCGUGCGCAACAAGGGCUGCGCGGGCAUGUCCUACCACCUCGAAUACGUCGACGAACCCGCGCGGUUCGACGAAGUGGUCGAACAGGAUGGCGUCAAGGUCGUCGUCGAUUCGAGGGCGUUGUUCAGUGUGAUUGGGAGUGAGAUGGAUUGGCAAGAGGAUGCAUUGCAGGCCAAGUUUGUCUUCAAGAGUACGUUGUGGUCGCACACGCGGGGGGUGGAGUGCAAUGGGGAGCCGGGGGGGUGGGGGAUGCUUCCCCCUUGCAGCCCAGACUCGUUGAUGUUUACUCGCACUGACGCUUGAUAUGGUCUGUCGUCCUUCAAUAGACCCCAAUAUCAAAGACGCUUGCGGCUGCGGAGAGUGAGUGGUCGGGUUCUGCCAUUCCGUCUCGAACCCGACGCGCGAAUAGCUGACCUGCUCAUCUCACCUCGUCCUCACAGGUCCUUCAUCGUAUAG